UCAUGCCAACAGCUGUUGGUCUGUUUCGCCUCCAGCAGAAAUCAUGACCAAGUGGUUUCUUGUGGCGUUGCUUGCCUUGGUUGGAGCUCAGAGUCCAUCAGACAAUGAGGUGGCGGAGCUGACGACCAGAGUGGAGCAGCUGACAGCCAGGGUGGAGCAGUUGAAGAGAGAGAGAGAUGCUGCUCUAAACAUCUCUCUGACCUGUGGUGCAUUUUCCAUUGAUGACAAUCUGCUGCAGCAGCUGACAGCUAAGGUGGAGAGGUUAGAGAGAGAAAGAAAAUUUAGAGAGAGACCUCGGGUAGCUUUCUCCGCUGCACUUAUUGACUCUCGUAACUGGACCAGCUUUGGGCCGUAUACUGAUGACGAAACCCUGAAAUUGAAAAAGGUGAUAACCAACAUCGGCGGAGGAUAUAACCCAGAAACAGGUUGGUUCACAGCUCCUGUGGGCGGACUCUACUACUUCCGGGUCACCGGGCACGUCGGAGACAGUGAUUAUCUGAACGCAGGGGUGAAGAAGAACCGUGAAAACCUAAUCGCAAUCCACCAUAAGAGUAAAAAUACCAGAGGCAGCGCCUCCAACGCGAUGAUCCUGGAACUGGAACAGGAUGAUUUUGUUUUCUUUCAACUGUGGCGUGAACGUGGCCUGACCAUCGGGGAUCAGGGCGGAAUCACCACCUUCACAGGAUUCCUGGUAUCUCCCGUGUAAACGGGGCUCAAAAGCAUCCUGAUGCUGCACCGAUGCUCGACUUCUGCAAAACCCAUCAGAUGUGUAGCCAUUUGGGCAAAUCAUUGUUGAAAACUUAAAAAAAAAACUACUACGCCUGGUUUUUAGUUUUUACUUCUUAAGACCCAAACUGUCUCACAAAAUGCAGAAGGAGGAGCUAAAAUUAUGUUUUUGAUCUCACACAUUGAAAUGAAACAGUCUUGGAAAUGUUAACCAAUAAAAAGGAAAAGUAUCA